UACUGAUAGUUUGCUAGUAUGGUACUGUAAUCAAUAUUUAUGGAAUUCAUGCUGCAGUGUUUGUUUUCUGUAAUGGCAUACUGUACAGUAUUUUAAUAGUGCACAACUUGUGUAAGAAUAAUAUGUAAUACACAUAUUAAACAUGUUCAAUGCAUCAUGCUCAAGAUGCACAUAUGGAUCAAUAAGAGACAGCAUUGGCUGUGCCAGGAAGAUGACAAUAGCGACAUCACAGGGUCAUGUGUAACCAGUGGGAUUUUCCUUAUUAAUAGCUGGGAAACUGUAAUCAUGAGUCAUUGGUUUCAGUUUGGGUGGUUCUUAAAUAGUCUUCAGGGCAUCAGUUUGCUUUUAGUUUAAUGUUUAGAGUUAUUGUGCUCGACAGAAGAAACACGAUGCUGGAUUAUUCAGUUUUCUUAAGCCUGUUUACACUGGCUUGCUCAGCGGGGAUACUCAAGAGAGAGGACGUAAACGUGUCACUCGGGCAGGACGCGACGUUUUCGUGCGAGCUUCCGGGCGCUGUUGGAGUGAAGCAGGUCAUAUGGCAGCAACACAGAGAUGAUGGCACCCUGCGCAAUAUGGUCACGUUCACUGAGCGCUCUAAACCCCAAGUGGACGAUGCCUUCCUGGGCAAAGUGACUGUCACCGUGGCGUCAGUCCACACAACAACUAUCGUGAUAAAGAAUGUGACCUUCUCGGACGAAGCCUGCUAUGUCUGCACCUUCAGUGUGUAUCCGUCCGGAACCGAGAGGGAGACAGCAUGCCUCACUGUGCAAGGUUUAUCAGAAAUAACAACACAGCUUCCAGUUAAACUUAAGGAGAAGGACACAGUUGUCACUUGCUCAGCCACUGGUAAACCUACACCGGUGUUCAGUUGGUGGUCUGGAGAGAAAGAACUGAGCAAUUACUUAUCAGAGACUUUCACAGUACAGAAUGGUGACAGUACAGUCACAACUACAAGUAACCUCACAAUUCCGCAGUCACAAUUCAGUGGAAAAUAUGUGACAUGUGUGGCUAAUAGUGGCAAUAUAGAGAAGAGUGAAAACAUCACUGUGGAGAAACAGAUUGAUAAAGGGACUCCAGUGACAUCCAGAUCUUAUGUAUUUUCUGCUGUCGUCAUGAUCAGCUGUGUUGUUUCUGCCAGUUGUGUUAUUAUUCUGUUUCACCAGAAGAGGAAAAAACAUCAAAAACACCUUAUUGAGGUCGCCUGAUAUACCUGGACAGUUAAACGUUUUCUUCUCAGCACUUUUCUGGAUAUUAUGCUGUAUGAUACAUUUUAAAAAUGACAUUUCGUAUUGCAUGCCACUCUUCACUUAACUUUGGACUUGAAAGCACUUUAUACACAGAAAAUGCUCAUUGCCUGUUUACAACAGUUUAUUUUUGUUGUUAAAUUAUUGUGUAAAUGUAUUUAAAUAAAUAUUUAUUUAAUCUAAAUAAAUUUUACAUAAAUAACUAAA